AUGCCCCGGAAGCAGCUCAAACAACUCAUUCUUGGCCGGCAGCUAACCCUUCCAAGAGCAGCGCCGCAGGGGCUGCAGCGCCCGCACCAGCGAAGAGAUUCGACCGCAAGCUCUAUCCACUCGAUCGGCGGCUCACUCGAUGCUGCGGGGGGCUUGUCCAACACGCUCUUCGAGUCGGGCCAGAACGCCAUCUCGACCUUACUGCAACCCCCCAUCGUGCGGACCGGCCUCCUCCCGCACAGCGCACCCCCGGCUUCGAGCGCGCACAAGCCUCCUACCACCCGAGACAUCCCGCCCGUAGCCCUGACCAACAUCCCUCAUGUCGAAGCGUCCGAAUUCAAGCCGUACCUCUCCCAGGUCGGCACGCUCUACGAACAGCUGCGACGAAUACAGGCAGAUGAAGACCAAGGGCCGAGCAACCUUCAACGCCGAAGUCCCAAGCCCGAUGAGUAUCCCGAGGCCUUGGACGAGGGCCACUUGCGACCCGGCAAGCGACCGGGGCUGUCGUCGCGACGGACCUCUACUGCCUCUCUCAGCUCCCUAUCGUCAAUAGAAGUGGCACCAACCACGCAUCGUUCGAGUUCACGCCCUAAGAGAGGGCAAGCGCAUGGGCCGCCGCCACUAUCCACCAUCCCCGCCGUGUACUUCGACGAGUACUUCCAUCUGGAGAAUCCGCGCACGUUCGAUGUGGUCAGCGAGCGCUCCGAGGUGGUGCGCCCGACGCCAGGGAAUGAUGACAAGAGUGGAUCCAACGGCCAGGCAGCCGCACCGCGCAAAGCAUUGGCAACAAAUGCUAUUCUGCAAGAAAAGCUGUCGUGGUACAUGGAUACUGUCGAAAUGCAUCUCAUCCAAUCGAUCUCGACGGCCUCGACCACUUUCUUCACGGCCCUCGGGUCCCUUCGGGAGCUACACUCCGAAGCGGCCGAGUCUGUGGAGAGGAUCAAGGGGCUACGAAAGGAGCUGGAAGCUUUGGAUGAGGAGAUUGCCACCGGCGGGCUUCAUCUCGUCCAGCAGCGCAGGAGAAGAGAGAAUGUGAAGCAACUUCACGAUGCGGUCAUGCAGCUGAGGGAGAUUGUAGACGGGGUGGCCGUCUGCGAAUCGCUGGUUGACGCUGGAGAAGUCAGUGACGCUCUCGACAAUAUCGACAAUCUCGAAAAGCUCAUAGCUGGAGAGCCGUCGGAAGCCAAUCCGCUGGAUAUACAGCUCAGGGACCUCAGGGGCGCUACCGCCCUUCAGGGUGUAAGCAACGACUUAGAUACCCUUCGACUGCGGAUCGGGAAAUCGUACGAGACAAAGUUCCUCAACACGCUUCUCACAGACCUCCGGAAUCAUGUUGAGCGAGUAUCAACUCAAGAGGUUCUGAUACGGUGGAAUAGUGCUUCGGCGCGCGUGCGCGGUGCCCACAGCCGUGAACCGUCGGCUUUCCCAUCGUACAUGGCGGGCACAGACCAGAUCCGGACUGAGCUCCUCUUUAGCCUGACUGGGUUGCAGCGCGCGGGGUAUCUCACAGCUGCAGCUACCGCGUAUCGGGAAACAGCUUUACGAGAGAUCCGAGGCAUCAUUCGACGGCAAAUGCCCAGCUCCAAUGACGACGACAAUGAAUCGCUCAUGUCCACGUCUACAAGAACUGGCGGCAGGCAGCGCUCGCAGCAGGAAAGAUCGAUCAUCCUGGCGCGCAACCUACGCGCCCUAGAGCCCCAAGAGGCCGAGGAGCUCAUGACCAGGAUGUACAUUGGUGUGGCCGAGGCGCUGAGGAGGCUCAGCACCCAAGUUAAGGUCUUGUUAGAUGUGGCAAGCUCCAUCGGCGAUUCUUCAGUUCCUUCUGGUCUCCGGUCGCCGCCACUCAGGUCACCCCCUUUCAGCCCUCUGGCGGGGCAAACACCGGGGCCCGCGCACGAGGCUCAAGAAGAAAUCCACAGGGCUGUGGACAUCGCCAACCUGCUGGGGCAAGCGGUCGACGUUGCGCACGAGAAGAUCGUGAAAGUAUUGCGGGUGCGGUCAGAGCAGAACAAACGGCUGGAUCUGGUCUGGUUCCUGCGGUACUUCAGCCUCAAUCUGCACUUCGCCAACGAGUGCGAGGCCGUCUCCGGACGCAGCGGGAUAACGCUAAAGACUGUUGUCAACAGCCAUAUCAAGGAUUUCAUCCAGAAUCACGGGGACGCCGAAAACCAGAAGCUCGCACAAGGCAUGGAAUCAGACCAAUGGAAUGCCGCCGAUUUCGGUGACAAGGACACUGAGCUGCUCAACCAGAUACUGGAGAGCAGCACUAGGGACGCUGCCGCGUGGAUAGAAGGCACUCAGAUAUGGAUCCCGCACCCGGACACAGAAGCAGCCGGGAAAGAACCUGACCUUUUGUCUGUCCAGACGAACGGCACCGGGAAAACCAAGACGAGAAGUGCUGUCGUCGAGUCCGAGAGCUUCUUGCUUCCCAAUUCGGCCAUCUCAUGCAUGCAUGGCAUGGCCCGGUUCUUGCAUCUGAUGGCUGCCAUCCCGUCCAUGACGGCCGAGAUCUCAGCUUCGCUCAUUGCGUAUCUCCAGCUCUUCAACUCCCGCUGCACUCAACUCAUCCUCGGGGCCGGAGCGACGAAAUCGGCCGGACUCAGGAACAUCACAACGAAGCACCUUGCGCUGGCGUCGCAGUCGCUCGCUUUCAUAGCCGCCAUCAUCCCACACGUCCGCGAGUUUGUCCGCCGGCACUGCGGCUCCGGAAUGGCCGUGUCUGCGGUGAUGGGCGAGUUUGACAAGGUCAGGCGGGCUUUCCAAGAGCAUCAGAACAACAUCUACGACAAACUUGUCGAGAUCAUGAGCGGCCGGGCGCUGGCGGGUACGAAAAAGCUGAAGGCUCUGGACUGGAAGGAGGAAACCAGUACCGCGGCCAAUGAGUACAUGGAGACACUGGUAAAGGAGACCACGACUCUGCACCGCAACUUGACCAAACACCUGCCAGAGAGCACGGUGAGGAUGAUCAUGCUCCCCGUGUUUAAGAACUACAAGGACACGUUCGGCGCGGCAUACCAAGGCGUGGAACUCAAGACCGAGCAGGGUCGGGAGAGGAUGCUGCGGGAUGUUGAGUUCUUCCAAUCUCGCCUCGGCAAGAUUGACGGCUUCGAGGACGCAGGCGAGUAUCUGGUCAGUGUUAUCAAGAGCAAGCAAAUCAGCGCUCCUCCUCCACCGCCGGCCUCAGCUCCGCAACCCGCAUCCUCGACAACGGGGAUAACAACGACGCCGCCGCCACCCUCAACGUCACCGCCUGCACCAGCAUCGGCACCGGCACCCGCAACAUCUGGAGGGGAAGAAGGGAAGGCGUCGGCGGAAUGGCCUACUGUAGGGCCGCAGGCACAGGAGAACGGGAAUUCCAACGAGGCAAGCACGGCGUAA